CUCUUUCAGAACGUGAUGUUCCCUGGUGCUGGAGACGAGGGCAUCUUGGAGUACAAGUCUGUCAUCUACUACCAGAUCAAACAGCCACGCUGGUUUGAAACCAUCAAGGUUGCCAUCCCCAUUGAAGAUGUGAACCGAAGUCACCUGCGAUUCACCUUCCGUCACCGAUCAUCUCAAGAAUCUAAAGACAAAUCGGAGAAGAUAUUCGCCCUGUCGUUUGUGAAGCUGAUGAGGUACGAUGGGACGACCCUGAGGGACGGAGAGCACGAUCUCAUCGUAUACAAGGCGGAGGCUAAGAAGCUGGAGGACUCGUCUCUGUACCUGAACCUGCCUGCUACCAAGGUGGAGCUGGAGGAGAAGGGUUUGUCCACUACAGGGAAGGGUUCACACAACCUGGGCAACUGUACCAUCAGCAAGGACUCCUUCCAGAUAGCAACCCUGGUGUGUUCCACCAAGCUCACACAGAACGGUAAAGAGACUCUCUCUCCCUCUAGCCCUCUCUCCUUCUAGUCCACUACAGUCCACUACAGCCUUCUCUCCCUCC